AUGAUCGACCCGUUCAGCGUCGCUCUCGCUUUUGCCGGCAUAAUUGCCAUUUUGAUGGCUCUCAGCUAUCUGGGCAGUCUGAUCUACCAGCUCUUUCGCGAGAACGGCCUGCUCGACCCCAAAAGCAUCGGAUGUCUUAUCUUCGUCAUCUUCAUCCUGGCUUCUAUUCAUCCUCUGACGGGAGACCACGCCCUUAGCGUCUUAUCCAGCGUGGGCGCGGUCAUAUUGGAGGCUAUCUGGGGUCUCAAAACUGCUGUCAUGAGUCUGUGUGAUGCGCUUCGCCGAGCUUCUGCAUCUCGCCAGCCGGCUUCGCAUACCGACGUGCAGCAAGUUGCCCCCCGACAGCUCCCGGAGCAAACAACUGAGCAACCAGUUCCUACGCCCGCGCAAGAAGACCUCGAAAGAUGCUACCGCCAACGAGAGGUGUGUGACAAUGCCGAGGAACGUCUGACGAAGACCUUGAGGCAGUCCAACUCCUACGCAUCGGAAGUCAGCGAGAUGGAUGCGAAGGUGUUGGAGCUUCAGCACGCUAUCAAUGUGCAGCAAGCCCGUGCUCAACAUGCCGAACACAGUUUCCGGAAAGCAAACGCGAGACUCCUUGCACACGAGACAGAUGGAGCAACCAUCGCAAGACUCGAGGCAGAGCUGGAGUACCAGAAAGCGCAGACCCACGACGCCGAUGUCUGUCGGGAGGCAUCCAAUUCGCAAGCGAAGUACCUCCAGAAAAAGAUCGACACUCAGAAGGAGAAGUUCCAAGAAUAUGCCCGGCGCAAGGAAGACCAGAUUGGCGUGCUACGUACUGACAUCAAGGCACUACAGCGUCAGAAAGACACUUCCCCUCGGGUAGAGCUGUUGGCAACAGGAAUCCAAUCUGAAGCGGUAGAGACUGCUCCCAAGCCAACCCAACAGCACCUCGAGGAACAGCUCGCCAUAACCCAAGCCAGGCUUUCGGUAAAUCAGGCACUGGCGACCUCGGCCACGUUCGGGCGUUUCAUCAGCAAGACCCAGAUGAACGAUCUCAAGGCUGAUAGCCAGAACACGGAGCACAACUUAUUGAAGGUUAUUGUCGAGCUUCGCGGGGAAUUGGCCAAGGCCCAAGCUCAAGCAACUACUGCCACGGAGUGGCAAGUCACUCAGCAACAUAUCGAAGCAUCAGCGUCGGCAGAUAUUCUCGCGCUCCAGACAGACUUAGCCAAUGUCAAGGCCGAAGCCAAGGCAACCAUUGAGUCGCAAGGCGCCCAGAUCCAAGAAGCCGCAGGCUUCAAAGCGGAAGCUGAGAGAGUGGUGGCUGACCUGCGAAGCGAAGCAGAGCAACUGCGCGACGAGAAAGAUGGCUACAAGCAGCAGAUGGAGCAAAUGGUUGCCCUGAGCCCUCAGAUUGCUAUGUUGCAACAAGAGACAGAGCAGACACGGGUUGAAAGGGAUACCCUACAGCAGCAAGUGGAGCGAUUGAUGGACCAGGCCACCCAGAUUGCUCCAUUACAGCAAGAGAGAGACGUUGCGAUUCAAAAGGCCCAGCUGGUAGAGCAAAAAGCAGUGGAGAUUUUGCAAGUAAAGGCGGUGCAAGUCACCAAGUUGGAGAUCGACCUGCGCACUGUCCGCGAGGAGAAGGAGAAGGCGGAGGAAGAGAUCGAGGGAUACAUUGAGGAGCUCGCAGAGGAGCAAGAGAAGCUUCGGAAAUCACUGGAGGCCGAGAGAGCUUCAAUUCACACCAUUGGCAACCUGAAGGUGGCCAAUGAUGAUUUUUGCGCCGAAACCGAACGGCUGAACGUGGAGGUGCAACGCCUUCUCAAUGAAAACACCAACCUGGCGGCGAGGAUGAGGAAGUUUGCCAACGAAGAGCUCCUCAAGGCCAACAUGGCUAAAAGAAACAAGACUCAAGAGUUGUCCAACAAAGACGGAAUCUUGGACCUGAUCAAGAAGACCCACGAGGACGAACUUUUGAAGAAGGAGGCCGAGCUUGCGAAGAAGGACGAGAAGAUUGCGAAGCUGGAGUCUCAAUACUCCAUGAGCUGUACGGGCAGGCUUACCUUACGUGACAAGACGAAGAAGGGACGCGAGGACCUCACACUCUUGGCCUCGAGAGUCAAAGAUCUCGAGGACCAGAUUCAAAACCCCAAGUCCGGCCCCAGACUCACUGCCCUGCAGACCGGAAGUGUUUCUACGGUCUUGCAGCAGAUCGAAGAAGGCAAACACCUUCUCUCACUCACCUCAACUCCGGACAAGAAGCCUGAACGCGCGCAGUCAAGCUCAGGCGCGAAGACGAUGCGACCGAUGAAGUCACUUCCGAAUAGGAGAAGGUCUGAACAGCUUCCGAAGAGUGAGGCGGGUCCUUCGUCGGUGAUGGAGGAGUGA